CCUAAACCUUUUAUCCUUUCACACCCAACGCACACCGGGGACUGAGUGCCAAAUAUGAUAUUUUCAAGUAAUGGCGGGGGUGCUGUGGACAGCGGCGUAGGAUUUCCUUGCAUUUUUGUUAAAUAUUGAAGGUUGUCUGCUGGGAACUCUGUUUUUGGUGCGGAAGGAACCGCUCUGGUGGAGGCGCUUGCCCCUCUCUCUCUAUGUGGGUGAAUGGAGGAGACUCUUCCUGGAGAGUAAACACUCACGCACAGACUGGCUGAUUACAUCGGUUCCCUCACCGUUUAACACUAAAAAAUCACCCCCAAACAUGCCUGCAGAUAUUAAACAAAUCUAUGAAUUGGAAUCUGAAUUGUACUUCCUAAUAGCCAGAUUUUUGGCAUCCGGACCCUGUCAGGAGGCGACCGAGGUCCUGAUACGCGAAGUGGAGGAGAAGCAGCUGCUGCCGAAAAGAAUUGACUGGAAGGGCAAGGAGCAUCCCAGGACCUACGAAAAUUUGGUGAAAACACAUAGGCACAUAGCUCCAGAUCACCUCCUUCAGAUAUGUCAGCGACUUGGACCUCUCCUAGAAAAAGAAAUUCCACAGAGCGUCCCAGGAGUUCGUUCAUUACUGGGAGCAGGAAGGCAGUCUUUGCUUCGAACAAACAAAAGUUGCAAGCACGUGGUAUGGAAAGGAUCAGCGCUUGCAGCGUUGCAUCGUGGAAGACCUCCAGAGCCACCAAUCAAUUAUGGCAGCCCACCUAAUAUUGUGGAUACCGUCCGGGCAAGACAACUUACUGGGAGCUUUAGACUCAGUCAGCUUGUUCCAACUCCUGUAUAUCAACAUAUGAAGAUGCACAAGCGGAUCCUAGGGCACCUUUCAUCUGUUUACUGUAUUACAUUUGAUCGGACGGGGAGGAGAAUUUUUACUGGAUCUGAUGAUUGUCUGGUGAAGAUCUGGACAACAGAUGAUGGCAGGCUUCUGGCAACCUUGCGAGGACAUUCUGCUGAAAUCUCAGACAUGGCAGUUAACUAUGAAAAUACCAUGAUUGCUGCGGGCAGCUGUGAUAAAAUCAUCCGAGUUUGGUGCCUCCGGACAUGUGCACCUUUAGCUGUUCUACAGGGCCAUACUGCAUCUAUCACAUCCUUACAGUUUUCGCCAAUGUGCACUGGCUCUUUGAGGUUUCUGUCUUCCACAGGGGCAGAUGGCACAAUUUGUUUCUGGCAGUGGGAUGCUGGCAUGUACAAAUUUAGUCAUCGACCAAUUAAAUUUACUGAGCGCCCAAGGCCAGGGGUCCAAAUGAUCUGUUCUUCUUUCAGUGCUGGUGGAAUGUUUUUGGCAACGGGGAGCACAGAUCACAUUAUUCGAGUUUACUAUUUUGGUUCAGGGCAACCUGAGAAAAUCUCAGAAUUGGAGUUUCACACUGACAAAGUUGACAGUAUUCAGUUCUCCAACGCAAGUGACAGUAGGUUUGUUAGUGGAAGCCGUGAUGGGACAGCAAGGAUCUGGCAGUUCCGUCGGCAGGAAUGGAGGAGCAUUUUAUUGGAUAUGGCUGUCAAGCCUGCUGGGCAUAAUCCCCAGGGUUUGGAAGACAAAGUGAACAAACUAAAAGUAACCAUGGUGGCUUGGGAUCGGCAUGACAGCACUGUCAUUACAGCUGUCAAUAACCUAACACUGAAGGUUUGGAACUCUUGUACUGGUCAGCUCAUACACGUUUUAAUGGGGCAUGAAGAUGAAGUCUUUGUACUUGAACCACACCCCUUUGAUCCCAGAGUUCUCUUCUCUGCAGGACAUGAUGGCAAUGUGAUAGUUUGGGACCUAGUAAGAGGAGUGAAAAUUCGAUCAUACUUCAAUAUGAUUGAAGGCCAGGGACAUGGAGCUGUAUUUGAUUGCAAAUGCUCCCCUGAUGGGCAACAUUUUGCAUGUACUGAUUCCCAUGGGCACCUUCUUAUUUUUGGUUUUGGUUCAAGCAGUAAAUAUGACAAGAUUUCUGAUCAGAUGUUUUUCCACACGGACUAUCGACCCUUAAUUCGUGAUGCCAACAACUACGUACUGGAUGAGCAGACGCAGCAAGCACCACAUCUUAUGCCACCUCCAUUCCUGGUGGAUGUGGAUGGUAACCCCCAUCCACCAAAAUUCCAGAGAUUAGUACCUGGCCGGGAGAACUGUAAAGAUGACCAACUCAUUCCACAAAUGGGUGUUUCUGCAACAGGUUUGAACCAAGUUCUAAGUCAAGCAAACCAUGAAGUCAGUCCAUUGGACAAUAUGAUUCAACGACUUCAGCAGGAACAAGAUCAGAGACUAACUACAGGUACCAACAACACCUUGAACAGAGGAAGAUUAGGCUCACAAAGUUCUACCUCUGAGAUGCACUCACCUCCAAAUGUUGGCUUGAGACGCAGUGGACAAAUUGAAGGUGUGCGGCAGAUGCACAGUAAUGCACCUAGAAGUGAAAUUGCCACUGAGCGGGAUCUUGUGGCCUGGAGUCGGAGGGUAGUAGUGCCAGAAUUAACCCAGGGUGUAGCUAGUAAGCAGGAAGAAUGUAGAGCAGCCAAAGGGGAAGAAGAAGUAAACAUUUAUAAAUAUGAGAAGAGAAAGAAAACAACAAACCAAGUUCAACGAGAAAACAAGGCCCAUACCUAUGAACAGUUGCAUGAAAACGGGGAAGUGAGGAAACAAGGCCGCCAGAAUGUACACAACUACCGCACAAGAUCUGCUAUCGAUGACAGCAGCAGAAGUUCACAGCAGAAUGUAGAUUACAACAGUUCUUCAGAGGAGAUUGAAGUCCGUGGUGUCAACGGUGUAACCUCAGAAGAAGAUGGAGAUGCAUGGCACAAUGAGAGCAGCAGUUCAAGUGAUUAUUCAAGUGACUAUUCUGACUGGACUGCGGAUGUUGGUAUUAACCUCCAGCCCCCAAAGAAAUCUUCACGGCAGCAAGCUAAAAAAGCUGUGAGCAGUUCAGAAGAUGAGGGCGAUAAAGAGAAAGGGAAGGAAAAAGAGUUGAAGAAGGAGAGGAAAAAACACAAGGAAGAUAAAGAUAGUUCUGCAGCUCCAAAGAUAAGAAGGAAGCCAAAGGAAAAAAGGAUGAAGAGAAGAGCUAGAGUACUACCAGGGCAAGGAGAGACUCUGGAAGAAUGGCUGCCACCAGUGUGGAUUACAGACACUAUGCCCAGGCGAUGCCCUUUUGUUCCACAAAUGGGAGAUGAGGUUUACUAUUUUCGACAGGGUCACGAAGCCUAUGUUGAAAUGGCUAAGAAGUUGAAAAUUAUUGGCAUAAAUACUAAAAAACAGGCAUGGCACAAGAUGGAUUUAAGGGAGCAAGAACUAGUGAAAAUUGUUGGGAUCAAAUAUGAAGUGGGACCUCCAUCUCUCUGCUGCCUCAAACUGGCAUUCCUUGACCCAGACACUGGCAAAUUGACUGGAGGGUCAUUUUCUAUGAAAUAUCACGAUAUGCCAGAUGUUAUUGACUUCCUUGUACUCAGACAACAGUUUGAUGAAACAAAAUCUCGACAAUGGAAAGUUGGUGAUCGUUUUCGGUCGGUGAUUGAUGAUGCAUGGUGGUUUGGAACAAUUGAAAGUCAAGAGCCCCUGCAACCAGAAUAUCCUGACAGUCUCUUUCAGUGUUACAAUGUCUGUUGGGAUAAUGGUGACACUGAGAAGAUGAGUCCUUGGGAUAUGGAAGUAAUACCUCCUGAUGCUGUGUUCCCCACUGAGCCAGGGUCAAGUGUUCCAUUGACGGCUGCUGAACACAAGGUACAAUUGUACAAAUCUCAGGAAGGAGAAUGGGGCUGCAGAAAGAGAGAUGAAGAAUGUAAUAGAAUUAAUGCUGGGAUCGGUCAACUCACAACUCUUGAUAUUGCUGCUCCAUUUGUGGCACCUGUGGAUCUCCAGGCUUAUCCUCUGUAUUGUACAGUUGUGGCGUAUCCCACAGACCUCAACACAAUUAAAGAGAGGCUAGAGAAUAGGUUUUACAGACGUAUGUCAUCACUGAUAUGGGAGGUACGAUAUAUUGAACACAAUGCACGUACCUUCAAUGAGCCUGGAAGCCCUAUUGUUAAAUCUGCCAAAUUUGUCAUCAAUGUCCUCCUGCAUUUCAUUAAAGACCAGAGCUGUACUGAUAUCCUACCGUUUUAUAAUAACCUGAAGAAGAAAAUGAUGUCAGAUGACGAUGAUGAGGAUCAUGAGGCAGAGAAUUCUGAUGUUCCAGGAACUUCUACCAGGAAUACAAAGGAGUACCGUCCGAGGAGAACACAGCGUAAUCGUGUUCAAACACAUGAUAUAAAUGCAUGGAAGGAGAGAUGUAGAGAGCUAUUGGAUCUAAUUUUUCAAUGUGAAGACUCGGAGCCCUUUCGGCGCCCUGUAGAUUUGUUUCAAUACCCAGACUAUAGAGAGAUCGUUGACACACCAAUGGAUUUUGGCACAGUAAAGGAGACAUUGGAGGCUGGAAAUUAUGAAACACCGAUGGAAUUGUGUAAAGAUGUCCGCCUUGUUUUUAGCAACUCCAAGGCUUACACUCCCAGCAAAAAGUCAAGAAUCUACAGUAUGAGUUUACGGUUGUCAGCAUUGUUUGAAGACCACAUAAGCUCAGUCAUUUCUGAUUAUAAGGCAGCAGUUCGAUUUUGUUCAAGGAAGAAACCGUGUACACAAAGGCAGAAGCGGAGAAGAAGUAGCUCUCCCUCAAGCAGUGCUGCAUCAAGCCCUGAAAGGAAACGGAAAUUUUUGAAACCUCAAGCCAAGACAGAAUAUCUGGCUUCACCUUUAUCAAUGCCCGUGAGAUCAGCAAGUAUGAAAUCCCCUGUUGUUCAUGCCAAUGGAAAACCAGGUGAAUCUGCUACAGUGGCUCGUACCAGAAGUACAAGGCUACGACAGGGUAUGGCUCCUGGGAUUGAAACAUCACCUUUAUUGGGGGAGGUGGCAGCUGUUUCAAAGACAUUUGUGGCUGCAUCAUCAGCAAGUGCAACGGACAAUAAUUCUAAGCCAUCGAAAGCACAGAACAAUGUCCUUAAUCCUAAACUAUCUGAAUCAAAACACAAUGCUAAGACUUCAUUGACAGGUGAAAAGCCUCAGAAAAGGAGGUACACACGUAGAAAUAAAGCAACAAUCUUCAAACAACCUAAAGGUAAUAUCAAAGCUGAAUCCUCAGUGCAGAAGAGCCCACAAAUAAAUGGGCACACUUCAUGUAUCUCUGAAUCGGCAGUCAAAAAAGGUCUUGGUAUGAAACCAGAAGAGGUUAAAAGUUUUAAAGGACCUGGUAAGAAAAGAGGUAGGAAAAGUAAAAAAGAGCUACUUAGUAUUCUACAAGAGAAUGAAAUGAAGAAAACAGAAGCAAAGAAAGACUUAUCUAAUUUGAAUGGUGAAGAAGCUACCUCAGAAAGCAGCUCUACUUUAGAGAGCAACACACAAAGAGAAUCUUUGCCGAAGAAGUCAACAAGAGGCAGGAAACCCAAAGGAAAGAGUCUACAAGCUAAAUCCAAAUUGACAGUUUUUGCUAAACGUAAGAUGCAAACGAGAAGCAACAGUAAGAAGCAAGAAGAACCCAUGGAGCCUGCUGAGCAUAUAGAACCUGUGGAAGAAGAUGAAAGGACUGAGGCGGCCAUGAGUUCUAUAUCUGUCAUGAAAACAAGGAAUCAAGGUAGACGGACAACAUGCUACAAUGAGGAGGAUUCAGAAGAGGAGCAAAGGCAGCUGCUGUUUGAAGAUUCCACGUUAACUUUUGGAACAUCCAGUCGAGGCAGGCUGCGGAAACUGACUGAAAAAGCAAAAGCCAACCUGAUAGGUUGGUAAACAUCUGUAGGGUUUUGUCUACUUGGUCAGGCUUCUUGUUUAGACAAGAACAGGUAAGGGUUUGUUGCACUUGAAGUCACUGCAUUGUCACCUGCAGGGAAGGCAAAAUGAGCAAGGACUGAUCCAAAAAAAACUGUUCUCUACAGCUGAAAAUCUUGUUUCCUAUCCACCCAUAACUGUCUGGUACAUUUUAUCACACUUAAAUUUUCAGUGUUGUUAGAAUAUUAGCUUUCUGGCAUACAUCUGGUCAUCUUCUGAAUAACUCCAGAUUUUGAAUUGUUUGGUAGUAGAGUAUAGUUACUGGCUGGAAAGAUGUGGCUGGUUGGUAUUGCACGUAUCAAACAGUUAUCAUUACAGAUUUGCUAAUAGUUCAAGAUUGAAUUUGGCAAACCUGUUCAUUUAAAAACUGCCUUUAAAAUUUCUGAUCUUCAUUUUUUUAAUAUACGGAGAGAUAUCAUAGGAAUACCAUUACAUUUUAAUCAAUUAUUUGCGACUACCAAGCAUUUAUGGAAGUUAGCCAAAACAAUUAGAUGAAAUGAAUUCAUAUUGAUGAUUUUCAAAAUCCUGUAUGUACAUAUAUAUAUAUAACAUUUGCUGUUCAUAAUGUCUUCACUGGUCAGUUAAUUUUAGUAAAGUACAUUGGUCAGUAUUUUUCUAAACAAGAACUGUUUAGUUCUUAAUUUGCUUGGAGUUGAAAUUCAUCGAUAUGUAAUGUAUGAUUUGUUUUCUGUACAAGAUUUAACAGAUCAAUAUCAUUCUGUCUUGCAUUUUUCUAAGGAAGUGGUUGCACCUGUGCUGCUUAUCCUUGGAUUGGUUUGUACAUUUAUAUUAUGUUCCGAUUCUUCAAUGAGCUUACUAAGUUGGAGCUGUAUUAAGUUAAUGCUAAGUUGGCAAGAAUGUUAAAAGCUGACUUAAGCUUAAUUGGAUUCCUAAAAUAUAUGCCACCAAAGCUUGUUAGAAUUUUCAUUUCACUUGUUCUGCAUUUCCAAUUUCUGAUCAUUUCAUGUACUCGUUCAAUCAGAAAAUGUUUGCAAGUUUUUGCACUACUACUACUGUGUAAUUAUCUGCUUAUUAUUACUAUGCAUGUAUAAUUAUGUAUUUGUCAUCAGAAAUACAUGUUAAUAGUUAUUUUGUAAGAUAUUUCAGCUGCUACUGCCUCCCUCUCACCCUCCCACUCCAACCUCAAACACACUGAUAUACAAUCACACGAGUUAGUAAUGAAGUCCUUGCUCAUUUGUCAAUCAAGGUGUACUGCAGAGAACUCGCAGUUGACUUCAAGUGUGUUUGGGCACCUGCAAUUCAAGUUUUCCAAAGAAUUGCACAAAAGGCCCUUUACGUUCCCGCAUUUGUGAAGCAAUUGUAAGCUGCUUCUCCCAUUUAUUGAAUGUAGAGGCAAACAAAAAAGACUGUAUUGCACUGGACUGAGUGGUUGUUUCUUGCUUACCUUACACAAUCAGGAAAAAAUGAGGCAAAUUAGAAAAGGGGAUUGAUUUUAGUUAUGUUUUCACAGGCGCUUUUAUGCGUACACACAAAUAUUGUAUAUUGUAAGUAGAAAAGAAAUAUUUUAAGAUAUAGUACAGGAAUGGGGUUGAGACGUGCCAUCUGUUCAAGUGGCUUUUAGCACACACACAUACACUUUCCAUCUUGGGUUUAUGAGAACCGUGCCUAACUCCUUUAAAAGUUGGAAAAGGUUCUGAGAUUUUAAAACUAUCAAGCAUGUAAAUCGCACUGAAAUUUCCAGACUUCUUUAAUUUGUGAGGAUUUUGCCUACCCCUUCAAUAGUACAUGGUUUCAUGGGAACUUUCUUGGCACUGGUACGCAGUUAACAAAUGUCUCAAUGUAAAGGUCCCAUUGUAUAUGAAUAUUAGCUCAAUUAUGCUUAUUGGGCUUUUUUAGUAAAACAUGGUUUAAAAUUCAUUCCAUGCAGUAAUGCAUUCUGGAGCUUGCACCCUAUUUUCUGAUUUUAAAGAAAAGUUGGCUUUUUUUGUAAUCAGUAAUUAAAUGGUCAAAUGACUUUUUAUUGGAUGUCUAAAAAUUGUACAUUACUACACAGUGUUGUUUUUGUGCACUUUCUGCCUAUGUCUAUUAUGCUACUUUAAGUCAGUAACUUCCCUCAAAAGAAAUAGCAUUUGGUGAUUGUGCCUUGAAUAUAUAUUUUUUUUCUUUUUUCUAGUUAAUGGUUAGGGCUGGGAUGAAGAUUAUUACACUCCAGAGUUUUCUACCUUUUGACACCACCUACUUAUAUGUAUAUAACAGAAACAAUAUAAGUCUCUGCGUUUUUACAUGAGAGCACAGAUUAUCCCUUUUGAAAGUGAUGAGAUGUCAUGCACUGCAUGCUGUAAAUGUACACAUGAUUGCAGAUCAUUUCUCUUCCAAACUGCCAAAUGUAAACAAUGCUAGCUGAAGUAAAAUAUUUCUUUAAGGUACUUAGAAGAAUGUUGUCCCAGUUCUGCUUUUCCCCAUGGCAGUUGUAAGGUGAUGCUUGAUUUGACUUAAAAUCUUCUCACCAAGUUGCAAUUGUUUUCUUUUGCAAUUCAUUUUCCUGAAGUAAUGUGACAAGUUUUUAUUUCUUGGUUUACCAUCUUGAUUUGAUUAGGUUUUUAAGACAAAUAAUUGUUUUAAAUUUUCUGUAUUUUUAAGAUUGUGACCCUCUUUCAUGUUGGUAAGGAAAGUCAGCAAUUUUCCAAAUCUAUCUUAUAGAUAUUUAGAGAAGGAUCAGACUCAAUAAGACACCAAUGUGCUAUAUCCAGUCAAGUUUGAGACUGUUGUUUUGGUAUGUGCCCAUACAUUAUUCUGUCGCUUAUUUAAAUAUGUACUUCUGUUAAUUUUUUUAAUAAUCAGCGAACCAAGAAAUAAUUGUCAUUUUAUGUACAAAUUAAAUGUGACCUUGUUUUAUUCUUACUGGUCCGAGACAGUAAUUUUCCCACAAACUGAAUUAAAGUGUCUCUUUCCCUUUUGUAAUUCUUUGUCAAAAAUUGUGUAAAUAAAAUAUUGGAUACAUGAGUGAUUGAGGCCAUAUCCUAUUUAAGGGUUUCUGAUAAAAAUUAAAUCCAAGCAGGUGAUUAAUGUCAUCAGAACCCUGAUAUUAGGUAAAACCUUUUUAUUCACUUACUGAUAUGUUUAUCAUAUAAAAUAUACUGUGUUUAGAAUUUCGAUGACGUAAAUUGCAGUUUUGUUAAAACAUGUAGUUUGAUAUUUUGGAAAGCAUUUUAGGACAUUAUUGUAAUAUUGAAAUUGUAUUCAUUUUGUUGAGGUCAUUCAUUUGAGGCACCAUUUCAAUGGGCUCAUCAAAAUUAAUAUGCAGCAUCAUAAAGGUAAACUCCAAACACAGUAUAUAUUAUAUACUUGUUAUACUGUUCAUAUCUGCAGAACAGCAUUUUGCCAUAUCCCUUAGGAUCCUUAUUCUGAUCCUAUUUUUAAAAUAAAAAUUAAUUCAAGAAAAUAUUGCAUGAGAGGUUGAUCUUUUGUCUUUAUUAAUUUUGAACAUUCAUGAUUUAGUUUAUACUUGACCUUGCAGCUAACGUUUAGAAGCUGCUUCUUCCUCCACAGUUGGAGAAUACAAAAUGUGUCUGUAUACUGUAUAUAUUAUAUAUACACAAGUUCCUUAACAUUUUAAUUUAUUUAUUUUAGCUACUGAGCUGAAAUAAAAUUUAAAAAUCUGCAUAAUAUUGCAGAAACACCAGAUUUUAUGAGCACUGUUAAGUGCUGACUUGUUUAUGUUACCAUCCAUUGUAUUUGCAAUUACAGUACCACUUUGGUAUCUCUUCUGAAAGUCGAGCCUCCUGUAUUAGGGAGGUGGAAACAUUUGCCUAAAGUGUAUAACUUUCAUUCGGGGAUUAACACUGGUUACAAGGUAGUUUUCUGCAUUCUAAACUGACCUUUACCCCACUCUUUGAAGUUAAUGGAAAGUCCAAAGCAUGCUUUGUACAAUAGAAUAAUGUCAUUUACACCCUAUAUCUUUAUUGUUCAUUUUUUAUAUAUGGGUGAGUUGAAUUUUACAAAGUACAAUUCUAAUGGUACUUGUGUAUUUUAUAUUUAACACAUUUGAAUUUUGUAGAUUAAAGUUUAUAUGUUUUAA